AUCGUAGAAGAAACUGGAGAGGUGGAAGAAGAAGAAGAAGAAGAAGAAGAAGAGGACAAGCAGUUCCAUAUCAGAAUCCUGAUGUCGAAAGAAAUUGGGAACAGCAGAAAUUGGACGAAAACUAUGAGAGGGUCACUUCAUUAACAUCCCAAUAUAUAAGCGAUUUGUUAAUUGUGACUCACAAAGUAGUGCCGCCUUUAAAAAUAUCUAUAUCCACAGAACAUGUUAUAGAAUUGUGUAAAAUGACGAUACAAACUUAUAAUAUGAAAUUUAAUUUACAAUUGGUAGAUACUGAUUUGAUAUCUUUGAUACUCGUCACACUUCUUCAAAUAGAAGCGAAAGAGUGGACCGCCAGAUUGAAUAACCAUACUGAUAGUGAAUAUAGUAAUGAAGUUUCUAAAAGAGUACAAAAAACAAAAGAGUUUUUGAAGAAGGCGGUAUGUCCUUUAUCAACCUAUAUUGCACAAAUUGGAGAGGUGAAUGUCAAUGAGCAAAUUAUAGUGCCAAAAGUAAUCGAUCUAAAAUAUGAGAACUUUUCUGAUUACAUCGAAAAACUUGGCAUUCCUCACCUAUCUGAAGAAAAUAUUCCUGACCAUCAACAAGUGAUAAACAAUUACUUAGCCUUCAUGAAUAGACUAGUUGUUAAUAAUGUGCCAAAAGAAUUGAUAGCUGCUAUAGACUACGAGAACGCGAAAGGCACAGCAGCUCAGCUCGUAACUUCAAAAUUCACAAAUGACAAAUCACGUAUUAUGAUAUGGAGUCAUCGUGAGGUUGACGAAGAUUCUAUUAAAAUAGGCGCAUUAUUUCGAUUUGGGUUUGAUAUAGAUAAUUGCACUUUGAGGUCUUACAGUAGCAGACAGUUUGAAGUAUUGUUCUAUUCUAUUCAACAUUAUAUCUACCCAUUUGUGGAUGAUUUAAAUGUCAACCAUAAUCGGUAUAGUGUAUAACAUUAUAAAU